AUGAUGCUGCUGUGUAGAGAUGGUCUGACUGGUCGCUGUUACUGGGAGGUUGAGAGAAGAGGACAGGUUCAUAUAUCAGUGAGUUACAGAGGAAUCAGGAGGAAAGGAUACAGUGAUGCCUGUGUGUUUGGAUGUAAUGAUCAGUCCUGGAGUCUGAGGUCCUCUGAUGAUGAUGGUUACUCUGUCUGUCACAAUAACAGAGAAACAUCCAUCUCCUCCUCCUCCUCUGUCUCUGAUAGAGUAGCUGUGUAUGUGGACUGCCCUGCUGGCUCUCUGUCCUUCUACUCAGUCUCCUCUGACUCACUGAUCCUCCUCCACACCUUCAACACCACAUUCACUCAGCCUCUCUAUCCUGGGUUUGGGUUCUGGCCUGGUUCCUCAGUGUCUCUGUGUUCUCUGAGCUACAAUCAUCCAGGAGACUCGGGAGAGAAGCUGCUUUCAGCUAGACGGGAGGAUCCACACUGCAGUCUGGACACUCUAAGGCUGGAUCAUGGUGGAGAGCAGAGGCUGAAACCUGAUCUGAGGAAGUAUUCCUGUCAACUCACACUGGACACAAACACAGUGAACAGAUACCUCAAACUGUCUGACAACAACAGGAAGGUGACACGUGUGAAGGAGGAUCAGUCAUAUCCUGAUCAUCCAGAGAGGUUUGACUCCAGGUGUCCUCAGCUGCUGUGUAGAGAUGGUCUGACUGGUCGCUGUUACUGGGAGGUUGAGAGGAGAGGAAAGGUUCAUAUAUCAGUGAGUUACAGAGGAAUCAGCAGGAGAGGAGACAGUAGAGACUGUGUGUUUGGAUGUAAUGAUCAUUCCUGGAGUCUGUGGUGCUCUGAUGAUCAUUACUCUGUCUAUCACAAUGACAGCAGAACAUCCACCUCCUCCUCCUCUGUCUCUGGUAGAGUAGCAGUGUAUGUGGACUGUCCUGCUGGCUCUCUGUCCUUCUACUCAGUCUCCUCUGACUCACUGAUCCUCCUCCACACCUUCAACACCACAUUCACUCAGCCUCUCUAUCCUGGGUUUGGGAUCUGGCCUGAUUCCUCAGUGUCUCUGUGUCCUCUGUAG